UAUCUCUUUUUUUUUUUCUAAGGUAAUCAAAGAAUAUACAGAGUCUCUGGCUCUGCUCUGCUCCCAAAUGAUGAUGACGUCCUCUGGAAGCUCCCUCUUAUGGCGGAGCCGUACAACUGCCCCUGCUCUUCCGCCUCGGUCGCCGCCGUUGUCUAAAGCUCUCUCCUUUCCCUUCUCUUCUGCUUUAGGAGGGUUUAUUCACAGAGCCCCUCUUUCUUGUUCAGCUGAAAUCUCCUCGGAUAGUGCCCUGGCGCAGAGCCGGCCUGCCCCUGAUUUCAAUCCGUGGUCGGAGUUCGCUCAGAAUGUGUCUGGCGAAUGGGACGGUUUCGGAGCAGAUUUUUCACGCCAAGGAAAACCGCUUGAACUACCUGAAUCAGUGGUUCCAGAAGCCUAUCGAGAAUGGGAAGUGAAGGUGUUUGAUUGGCAGACGCAGUGUCCCACUCUUGCCCAGCCCCACGCACACACCUUUCUUUACAAGUCCAUCAAACUCCUCCCCACCGUUGGAUGUGAAGCUGACGCAGCCACCCGUUACACCAUCGACCAGAGGACCAUCGGGUCUGCAUUAGCAUUUUCGUAUUCUGACACUGGCUCCUAUGUCGCUGUGUGGCCUUUGCGUAACAACCAGCUAGAGGUGGAGCAUUGUCUUGUCAAUCCUAAUGACAAGGAGUCUCGCGUGAGGAUUUUCCAGGUUGUCAGCUUAGCUGAGACCAACAUGUCGUUGCAGAGUGUCAAAGUUUUCUGUGAGCAGUGGUACGGUCCCUUCAGAGAUGGCGAUCAGCUUGGAGGUUGUGCCAUCCGUAGCUCCGGGUUUGCUUCUACACCUACCACAGCAGCUUCAGUGGUUGCCGGUUCUUGGAGAGUUCUACUUGCUACCACUAGCUUUCACGCCUCUGAUUCCGGUUGUGUUCAACACUUUACUGGCGAGAAGGUUAUUGAGAUUGUUAGAGAAGAAACGGAUCUUCUACUGCUUCCGCAAGAGCUGUGGUGCUCACUCCAAGAAAGCAAAGACGGCGAUAGAGUAUUUUCAGUAGGAUGGGUGUUUGAGCCAGGCCAUGCUAUCACAUCCAGCUGCGUCUUCUCCAGCGAUUCUAAGCUAAAGGAGGUAACAAUGGGAAGAGAGACUGCUCUAUUAGAUAGUGCAGAGCCUUUAUUGAUAUUCGAUCUUUACCGGGAAGGAUCCAUAUCAUAUUUCUGCAGAGCUUUUGUAGCUUUCGCAUCUCUUGGGUCAGCAGCUCUAUCAGCAAUGAAGGUUUCACGUAGACCGUCAGUUUGGGAAAGAAUUCGAUGGAAUUUUACCUAGAAGAACUGAGAAAAGGCCUAACCUGUACAUAAUUGUGAGGUCGCCAUUUUGUCACUGUGAGACGGC